AUGUACAUCAUGACACUGGCAGCGAGCAACAUCGUCUAUGUCACCAUGUCCGGUACAAUCGGCAUCAGCAAUCUGGGUUCCUCCGGCCAGAGCUGGAAACUGGGCGUGGAGGCAUGCACGGCACAAAACUAUAACUACUACGCUAUCAGUGGGGUCGCGGUGCACCUCCACCUGCUGGUGAGUCUUAGCCGCGCCUGGGCCUUGUUCAGGCCGAUCUCGUAUCGCAACCACCACACCAUCCGGGUGGCGAUAGCAUUCUGCGUGGGCGCGGUGCUGUAUGUGCACAUUCUGGUAUUGCCCGGCUUUAUCCUGGACGCUGUGUAUUAUCGUGUUCCGGUGGAGAACGGCUGCUGGAUCGACGCUUCCCGACAGACCGUGUGGAUGACCUUUGUAACAGUAGUGGUGUAUGAUCUGCCCAAGCUCUUCAUUCCCGUCUGCUAUCCGGUGCUGUUGUGGAAAACAUUGCAGAGGAGAAAAAUUGCGGCGAGUUUACGCGGGACAAGACUUGAUGCUGCACAGCAACUUUCAGUGCCGUCUAAAGCAAGAGAAAGAGCCGAUAAGGAGAAUGCCGCUUUCCGACCGUUUGUCCUUUUGACCUUGUUCACCGUUGGUGUUGUCGUCUGCUGGAUGCCCCCUAUGGUUGCCUAUAUUCUCGGCAACUUUAUUAUUUCAUGGAGAGAAAUGGUUCAGUUUGAAGAUGUAGUGUCGGUUCUCUAUUCACUGCAGGCAAUAUUGGAUCUGAUAUUCUUCUGCCUGAGUACGUAA